CUACUCAACUGGAAUCUUUUCUACAAGGCAAAACAAUACACAGCCUGCAUCAUGACCUCCCUGUUUGAGCAUACCAACAAGAAUUUGGUCAAAGAGCUUGGAGGCAAAGACUUGAAGCCCAUCCAAAACCCGCAGAGUGCCAACAAAUUCUGUCUCCUGAGUCUACUGUGGCAGAAGAGGAGGAUCCUCUCUCAGUUCUGGAAACAACCUGAUGUUCCAGGUGACUGCAUCCUCAUGGACAUCCUGGAGCCAAGUUCUUCAGUCCCAGAGCCUGUAGUGACAGGAAAAUUCCUCUUCAGUGACAAAAUGGUCCAGACGGAGGCAGCUGAGGUGGAUGUGACCGCUGGGUUAGAAGUGAGUGCGUCGGGGAAGGCUUCCCAGUCCUAUGAAUGCUCCCUGGAGGUUCAGUCUGUUACCAUCUCACCACGCGACUGGGAAGACCUCCAGGAGAGGAAAGUGUUGGAUCAAGAGCCGCCAUUUCUGAAGGAGUGCCGGACCAGAGGGGACAACCUGUAUGUGGUGACAGAGGUUGUGCAACUGAUCAACACAACCGUCUUGCAGGACAGCAGCAGUGUGAAUGGCACGGGCAAAUUAUCUAUCCCUUGGAGUUUUUGUGUCAAGAGCACAGGAGACAGAUCGGGUCUGAAAGUGAGACAGAGGACGCUGACUCUGCCCCAGGGCACCGUGAUGGCCUAUAAGAGGAAGCAGCUGGUGUUCCAGGAGAAUGGUCGAGCCAUUCUCAUCUCACAUGAUGACAAGCGGAAAACCUUCCCAGAAGAUGAGUUCCUGUGUUGCGCAGGGUCUCUGCCUAGACCUCAGUUUCAAGGUUACAGCAGCCCCACAAGGCACUCAGUCCUACAGGGAAUACUCCUCCAGCAAGGGAAACUGCAGGAGCUGCAGAUGUCACCAGAAUUGUCCCCCAUUUUCUGGCUGAUGUUGAUGUUGAGGACAGAUUUCAAGUCCCUACAAAAUGAGGUUUCCAGGGAAAUGGAGGCAGUGGCUGAGCUCCCCAGGGACAUUCGAGAUGCUCUUUUCCAUACCAUCCUGGCCAAGCUCAAGGACCAGGGGGCUCUACAGGACUUCACAGACAUGCUGGAUGGGAACAUUUGGAUUCAUACAGGCAGCUUCCUAAGUGAGAUGCAGGAAAACUCAAGAAAUGUGUGGCUUGAGUCAAGACACAUCAUUUACCUCCUUGAAGCCUUACUGGUGCUGAGUGACAUCCAACAUGAGCUGCUGGCCUGGUCCAUGGAGAAGAGGAUCCUGCCCCAGCAGCAGGAGCUGGUGAAGAGCAUCCUGGAGCCCAACUUCCUGCACCCCUGCAACAAUCCCUUCACCCUGGAUCCCAAGCUCCUCGCCUCGCUGGAGGAAGAGGGGUUGGCUGUCACCUUUGGCCUGCUGCAGGAGUGCGGUCUGAGUGUGGCACCUGACAACCCCAAGGGGACUUGGGACCUGGAGGCCAAGGAGCCCCUGUCUGCCCUGUACGGGUCCCUCUUGAUGCUGCAGCAACUGGCCGAGGCCUGAGCCCUCGCUGGGGGCACUGAGUCCAGAGAGGCCUGGCUGCACCCCGGUCCAGCUGUGAGCAUCCUCUGUGCUCAGGGUACAUGGAGCCCCACCUUCUGCCACUCCAGUUUGGGUGGAGAGAGAUCGAUAAAGA